UAAAACCAUAGUUAUAGUAAGACUAUAUAUCUCUGUAUAUGGUUGUCUUUUGACCUGCAUAAGUCAUAUAAUAUUGCUUGGCUUUUGUAAUUGUAACAUGGUAUAUUUACCUACAUUUCAGCAGUUGCUAGCUGUAGUAAAACUUAUACAGGCUAGGUAUCAAUCAUAAACAGGAGAGAAGAGCUAGCACAGAAAAAAAAAAAAAAACUAUUCUGAUCUUUUUUGCACUAGGAAACUUCCAGAAACUGAGGUUCAGUGUUUUUACUAAAGCUGGUAAUGUUUAGGUGGUAUCUGGGGAUCUUGUUAAAGGUAGUGUCAUGGAAAACAUUAAAUGGAAUGGAGUUGUUCACUACUGCAUAUCACAAAUAUGGUAUAUUAAGUAAAAUGUUAUUAAACAGGGUGUAAAUUUUUAGUUAUGUUAAUUUUAAAGGAUUUGGUAUUUAACUUUCAUUAAUUUAAAAUUAGGUAUAUGGAUUUAGAAAAGGAGGGGCAAAAACAAAAGCAGUAAUGCCUAGUAAGUUUAAAGCAUUUUCAUAUGUAGCUUUCGUUGGGGAUAGAACCCAUACAUAUUUUUUUCAAAUCUGGAAAAAUAAUUUAUAGUCAAUAUUGUGUUUUAAAUAAAAAAUUAAUAGAUAAUUUUCUGUAGAUAAGUUUACUUUUAUCAAAAAUUAAAUAUUACCUUAAUAUGAGACUAUAUACUUUUUGAGGAACAUUUGGGUUUCUGAAUAGAAAGCAUUUUUAAACAAAUGAGUAAGCCAUUUUUCUUUCUGUCAUUUGGGUAAGACCUGUUAACAUUCCUAGUCCAAUGCCCAAAGUUAUUUUCCAAUCAUCCUGCUUUUAAAAUUGCAUGAUCAUUCCUUCGACCUCUGCUGACUCGGCCACUGCCACUUCCCGGGAAGAGAGGAAGUGGGAGAGGAGCCCUAGUCGCUUGUCACCCAAGUCCUCCAGCCGCGCCACCCCGAAGAGUGCAAGAUGUUUGCCUGCACCAAGCUCGCCUGCACCCCAGUUCUGAUCCGAGCUGGAUCCAGAGUUGCAUACAAACCAAUUUCUUCAUCAGUGUUAUCUCUACCAGAGGCUAGGACUGGAGAGAGCUCUACGGUAUUUAAUGGGGCCCAGAAUGGUGUGUCUCAGUUAAUCCAAAGGGAGUUCCAGACCAGUGCAGUCAGCAGAGACAUUGAUACUGCGGCCAAAUUUAUAGGUGCAGGUGCUGCAACAGUAGGAGUGACUGGUUCUGGUGCUGGUAUUGGCACAGUCUUCGGCAGCCUCAUCAUUGGUUACGCCAGAAACCCUUCGCUGAAACAGCAGCUGUUCUCAUAUGCUAUCCUGGGAUUUACCUUGUCUGAAGCUAUGGGUCUCUUUUGUUUGUUGGUUGCUUUCUUGAUUUUGUUUGCCAUGUAACAGAAAUUACUGCUUGAAAUGUUGGCAUUCAUGUUAAUUACGGAUGUAAUUCUGUGUAUCUUACUGUGACUCCAAAAACUGUAGCAUUGGUGUCAUAAAAAUGUACGUUAUUUCCAAAGUCAUUAAAGAUGAAAACUUUAAUUUUUGCUGUGAUCUGUACUUACCUAAAUUUAAAUUUAUAUCAUCACAAAGAGGAACAUGUAUUCAGGCAGAGGCUGUACAAGUCAGAGGAAACUACUGCAGUUGCCCUGGUGAUGGAAAAGAUCCUAAUGUAAUUUUUAUGGGAAUUCUUUUAUAUAGUGUUCUGAACAUUGUAAAUUACAGGGCUUUUGUUUAUUCAUGUAAAGGGGAAAUGUUUGAGUGCUCUGAGCUUCUAUGAAAUAUGAUUAAUUAAAUCGAGAUAUUUGCUCAAAAAAUAAAAAAUAAAAAAAAAUAAAA